UGUUGUGAGCUCUGUAGGUGGAUUGCCUAGCUACAAUUGUGCAUUCCUGGGGAGAGUUCCUGUGAGGAAGAAGAGAAAAACACAGAAACCAGGGUCAUUCUACCCAACCCAAGGUUCCAGGAAUCCCGGAUCCAGGGCCAGAAACAUCUCAACCAGGAGCAGGAACAUGGACCACAGUGCAGAGGGAGCUGCAGCCAGCGCCGAGGUGCCCCAGGAACUACUGGAAGAAAUGCUUUGGUAUUUUCGUGCAGAAGAUGCGGCUCCUUGGAAUUAUUCCAUCCUGGUUCUGGCAGUCCUGGUGGUGGUGAUAAGCAUGUUCCUCCUGAGAAGAAGCAUCCUGGCAAACAGAAAUCGAAAGAAUCAGCCACAAGACAAAGAAACACCAGAAGACCUGCAUCUAGAUGACUCCAGGAUGAAAGAGAGCAACAGCCAGGUCUUCCUAAGAGAGACACUGAUCUCAGAGAAGCCAGACUUGGCCCCGGGGGAAACUGAGUCGAAUGAGAGAGACACAGCAUUCGUCUUGCUACCAGACCCACAGGAAACAGAGAGCUAGGGAGCAUUGUGAGAACACGCUGCUCCAGCCAGAUACACGACUGUGAUCUAAGCUCAGGUCUGAGGCCUCAAACCCCUUAGGUUAGACAGUACCCCACCACGUCGCCUAACUUAUUUUUAGCAGACCCAAUAAACAAACUACAAUCAGAC